AUGUCAAAGGAUACAAUUUUUACAAUAUCUCAAGAAGAACUUGACGCUGAAGCCCGCAUCCGUACCGAAUUUUUUAAUUUAACCAACAAUCAAGUUUUUGAACAUGUAUUUCGCCAUCGCAUGAUGGCAUUCAAACGUGGUGUGACUGUUUUGCAAUCUGCAUCGGAUAUUUUGGGCAAUGACAGUCGUGAACUCAUGAUUCCCUCAUUACACGAAACUUUGCACUCGAUCAUUAACAAUGCUUCUGCAACUGAUGAAUUCCAUAUGUUGGAUGUGGGUUCUGGAUCUGGAGAAGCUAUUGAUUGGUUUUUUGCAAAGAAACUUAAAGAAAUUGUUAAUAUAGGAAAACAAACAAAAAAUGUUAUCCAUAUUAUUGAACCAAAUCCGAUUUUAUUAAAAGCCUAUCAACAAAAAUUACUAGAAUAUAAGCAUCUUAAUGAAGGAAUUGUUUAUCAAGGCCCUGUACAAGACUAUUAUACACAUCAUGUAAAUAUUCUACCAUCACCAAAACCGCCAGUUCCUGUUGAUUUCAUAAAUUGUAUGCACAUGAUUUACUAUUUAACCGACAUCACAAAGUUAAUAAUUGAUCCUCGUCAAGAUAUUAUAGAUUUUGUAACUUUCUUAUACGGAUUACUAAAGCCAGGUGGUGCAAUUUACAUUGCGUUUCUUGAUAUGGGAAGUGCAUUCGCUUCGAUCAGUAGUAAAUUUUACGAACAAAUCAUCGAAGAUGUGAAUGUUCCAAAAAAAAUUUCUCAAGUAAUUAAAGCUCGAAAUGAACUUUUAUUUGAAGGUAAAAUUUUGGAAAUUUUAGAGUCACAAAUAGUUGAUAAAAAUACACGACCAAAAGUUUUUAGCAGCAGGAUGCCAAGUGGUUUUUAUGCAAGGUCAUUGGGAGACCUCGCGGUAUUAACUUUAGCUGGAGAAUUGUUAAGGUCGGAUGAUGAUAAUUUUGAUAUUAGAAUGUUUGAUUUUGCUAUGAAAGAAUUAAAAAUUGCAGCUGUUACGCCUGGAGAAGAAAAACCAUUUGGAUUAACACGUUGCGUUCGCGGCGGUGAAAAUGUUUGGAAAAUUGAUCACCCCUUAAUUAUCAAUGUUAUUAGCAAAGAACAC